AUGUCUACUCAACAGGAAGAAUUGAUGAAGAAGCUAGAAACAUUCAUGGUCCAGCAAACUCAGAGUACCCUUGAACUGAAGGGGGCAGUCGAAGCCUUGCAGGCCAAGCAUGCGGCGCUGGAAGAGAGUUUAUCACAGUCCCAAAACAAGGUCAACAAACAAGGGUCUGAAGCAAGCGAGGAAGAAAAAAAGAUGGACCAACAAUUUGAAGAUAGCAGCGAGCUAGGCCGAGGAAGGAGCAAGGGCAUCGUCACCGGCAACGCACCAGGAGGCAAGAUGACGAGUUCCUUCACGGUGUUAGGUCGAGGCAGGGGGUCGUUUGGAUCAAACCCCUUGGGAAGAGGACGAGGAGUAGGGAAGGGGUCUGAUUCUUGGCGCAAUGCAGACCCACAAUCAUUCAAACACCGCUAG